AUGUCCCGGAUGUUGCCCUCUCCUCAUAGCCUGGACGUUCACUGCUCGAGAUCUCUCCGUGCCCAGAAGCAUCCUCUGGCGACCUUCUUCGUUGAGGCGCACGACUUCGUUCAUAAUGCUGGAGCGAUCCUCUACCGUCGUGUCAAGGCUCCUGCACCGGCUGCAGAUGGCGCGGCGAUCCCACCUGCCCCGGCUGCUGUGCCUGAUGACGCAGGACGCCCCCCGGCAUCUGUGGUACACAUCCCUGGUUUGCGCGCUCUCGUCGACUCGUCUCAUGAGCACUUCAUUCCUCCCCCUGCGCAGCGAAAUCGUGAUAUCCUCACCUUGCACAGCCGCAGGACACACUCGCUCAAGUCGCAGGAUAGGGUCUUGCAGUCUACCAUCUUCGCUCAUUUUCCUGAGCGAGACCUGAGCCACUCUCCGAUGCGAGUCUCGAGCUACUACCCCCUCAAGGCCUUCCCGCACCGCUAUGCUCAGAUGCUCGACUGCUAUCUCCAUGGCAUGCCGAUCUGCCAGUGUCCGACGAAAUGUGAUGGAUGUCAGCGCGAGCUCGAUCCCUCCGUUGCUGCACAUCAUCUCCAGACCUGCAAACGCCGAUCCUCCAAGCUUCCCACGGCGCAUGACAACCUUACUCGUACGAUUCGGUCGAUGCUGAACGAAGCUGGUCUUCAGAGCGUCAUCGAUACAGUGGGGGAUCCUCGUUCUCGACGGCAGGUACCCUCCCAUCCUCAUGGCCGCAAGAUGAAGGGCGAUAUCCACAUCCCUGGAAUCCGCGAUCGAGGGUCCGAGCAGUACGAGGGCUUGAUGGCGGACGUGACGUUGGUCCACCCUUACAUUGGUAGCUCUGCCGACCUGACCAAGUGGGGGGAGGUCAACCUCGACGCCCUCCAUGUUGCAGCGUCUGAGAAGAUUCGCAAACAUCGCGCUGCAUAUGCCAUGACUACUCCUCCUCGAGCGUUCAUCCCUCUUGCCAUCUCGACGGACGGUACCCUGCAUCCUGACACCCUCCGCUUCAUCUGGUAUUUGGCGGACAUCAUUGCUCAGCGCUCGAUGCCUCUUGAGGAUGCGGCGUUUGGUCGGCACUUCGUGCCUGAUGACGGACCUGCUGCUGAGGUCUUGGCUCGCAAACGCGCCGCCACCUAUCAGCGCCUCACCAUGCAGCUGACGCUGGAGGCGCUCUUGUCUGGUGCGAGGCGCAUGACGCCCUUGCGGGCGCAAGCACUUCUCGAGCCAGAGGACAGCUCCUCCUCGGACUUUGUCGAGUCGCCCGAGGGGGAGUCUUCGCCGGAGGUCUCCGACUCCGAUGGGGGAAACCCUUCGAGUGGCCCCGACGAUCGGCGCGGAGCUGGCGAGGCGUCUCCGUCCCUCACUGUGACGUCGGGUGCCUCCGGAGAGCUCGACACCACUGGGGUGCUUGCUGCUGGUCCGAGCUCGCCUGCUUCCUCCCCGGCAUCGGUCGGGUCACGCCGAUCCUUGGGCAUUGCUGCGGCGUCGCCGCCGUCACGGGCGGCUACCACUGACUCGGCUACCGCUGACUCGGAGGCUAGCGAGGAGGACUACCUCGAGCGGUACCGUGUUCAUGUGUCCAGCCUCCCUCCGUCCGCUGCCCCAGGCGGACCCCCGGGCAACGCCGGCUCCUUGUCGGCGGCUGCCCUUUCUCCGUCCGCGGCCGCCCGCUUUGUGGCGGCAGCGGACGUCUCGACUGACAGUGGCUGCUUGUCUGCGCGGCUUCGCGCUUGGGCUGGCGCUGCCGCGUCUGGCUUCUCGCUGUGGACUGUGUACCUGCCGGUUCAGCUUGUUCCUGCUUUGUUUUGCUUGAGGCACUUUUUAUCUUCUGCCAGUAAAUCCUAUAUGCUCAAGCAGGUUGUGGUCGCUGCUGUGGUGGUUGCUGGUGUUGCUGCUGACGCGGACGCUGCUGCUGACGCUGGCGUUGCUGCUGCUGCUGCUGCUGCUGCUGCUGCUGUUGCUGCUGCUGCUGACGCGGGUGCUGCGGCUGCGGCUGCUGCUGCUGCGGGUGCUGCUGGUGGCGGUGGUGUUGCGGCUGCGGCUGCGGCUGCGGCGGCUGCGGAUGUGGCUGCCGCCGCCGUUGCUGUUUCUGCCGUUGCCGCCGCCCUCGCGAGGGCUGCUGGGGCGGUUGCAGCUGCUCCGACUCCUGCAGCUGCUGCUGUGGGACGAGGGCUGCAGGUGCCGAGGUGA